UCAACUUUCCAUAAACAUCAAAUUUAUACGUUCUCCGAUUCAAUUCUCUCUCUCUGGCUUUUGCCUCAGAAAAACAAACACCACAUAUACCGCAAUUUGUAAGAUGUCGUGGCUCCGAUCGGCCGUGAAUAAGGCGGUGGAAGUCGGUGGCCAAAACAGCGUUAGCCGCGUCGUGCGAAGCUAUGCUGGCACCGUCGUCAAUACCGCUCUGUUCCUAGAUAACUCUGGUGCUCGGAAUUUCCAAAGCUAUAAGCUUGCAGUAAAGCGACUAGAAGAAGUAUCUGUUUCUUGUAAGGGAGUAGAAAGAGUUCAGUUAUUAGGAAGGUGGUUAGUUGCCUUGAAACAGAUAGAGAUACUUAAUGAAGCUGCCGACACCGACCAUAGUCCCAAGCCAACUGUGGUUAUGUAUUAUGAUCCUGAUCUUGGGGGAGAACCAAUGAAUUUCCGUGAUGUGUUCCUUCAAAGUCAAGCUCUUGAGGGCAUUACACUGUCUUUGAUUCUUGAGGAACCCAAUCAAGAGGAACUUUCUUUGCUUCAGGGGAUAUUCAGGCUCAGUCUCAUGGGUGGAAGAGAAGCUCUUGAUGUGACAGUGAGCAGUGUACAAGAUUUAGCUAAAGCCUUCUCGACCUACAAUGAAGAAGUACUGGCAAAGAGGACAGAGUUGCUUCAAUUUGUACAAGAUGCUAUGUCUGGACUGAAAGUAAAUGCUGAGAUAGUAAGAAUAGAUUCUGAACUCUCAAGUAUACAUAAAAGACUACAUGGUAUGAAAAACGAGCUAUCGUCUGAAAAAUCAUAUGAGAUGUCGAAGGAGUGUCUGAAUGAAGCACUCGCACAUGUUAGAUCUUGUUCCAGAUUGGUGGAGCUUCUAUCGCGUAAGAAAUUAAUAAUGCAAAAUGGGGAUUCUGUAGCAGCACACAAACAAAAGGUUGAAAAGCUAAAAGUAUUGUCAGAAUCUCUGGCAAGCUCUGCAUCACAAGCUGAAAGGCGCAUUUUAGAUAAUAGAUUACAAAAAGAAGAAGCUCUUAAAUUUCGUGUCACUAAGGCCGAUGAAGUAAUCCAGAUCGAGAAGGAAUUGCAUGAUGAAAUCAAAUCUCUUCAAAAGAGAAAAGAUGAUCUUGAAGAAGAGCUGAAACAGGUUACGGCUGCCUUGUCAUCUGCUCAUUCCCGCCUUCACAAUGCCAAGGAAGAAAGAGAUCAAUUUGAAGAUGCUAGUAAUCAGAUUAUGCAGCAUUUCAGCGUGAGGGAUGAAGAGCUUGCAAAAUGUAUAGCUUCAUACAGAGCAGAAGCAAAAGUUUGCAACACAUUCAUCAAUUUUCUUGAAAGCACCUGGGCUUUCAAGUCGUCAUGUGUCGUGAAAAAGAAGAAGCUGGUCAAUGAUGAGCUACAAAGGCACGAAGAGUACUUUAUGAAUUGGGCUACAGGCAUUUUAGAGGCAUUCAAGGACGAAAUGGGGCCUUGUCUUUCUUCAUUCUACGAGCUUGUGGACGAACUGAUAAGUUCUGGCAGGUUAGAUGAGGUAACUGGCACUGACGGGAAAAAUGAUGCAAUCGGUUCAAGGAAGAAGCUCCAGAAACAAUACCAGACUCUGGAAACCAAGAUGAAACUUACAUUCAGCUUAGUGGAACGCAUUAAGACACAGUAUUCCAUUCAUCAAACCAAGGAUUCAAGAAUAAGUGAUGGAAGAUUGAAACAACUGUUGGAUGCACUUGACAAGAUCAAACAUGAAUUCGAAUCCAUGGAGAGGCCAACUUUGCUACCAGAGACGCCUCCAAGGGCGCGGAUCCCAGGACUUCCGUUCCUGUCAAGACAGGUGUCGAGAGUUGAAUAUAGUCCUAAAUCAAAGUAUGAGAAUGAGGCACAAAGAAGGAUGCCGCCAUUGCCUUUCAAUCCAGUUGUUCCUAUUCCUUUGGUUCGUAGUCUGUCUACCAGAAUACCGGAGACGAGAGAGAGAGAGGUGGAACAUCUAGACUCUUUUGGAAUUAACCGCACCAGGUCUUCGGAUGCAGAGGCACAACUGUCUAAGUUGAAGUGGGAGUUGGAGCUGGAGCUUGAGGAUCAUAGCAUUAGCAAUUCAAUGGAGGGGAUUAUUGAUGAUUGGGAGUUUGAUGAAAAAUUUGACAAAGAACCAAGAAAGAGUAUAUAAUAAUCAAGCACUCCAAUCAUCAUAAUCAGGCCCAUGACUUUGAUCAAGCUUCAAGGUUGGAUAAGGGUCUAUUAUGUUGUAUAAUUCCACUUCAAAGGCCAUGUUUCUUCCAUUGAAAUUUCACCAUGAAAAUAUGUUGGUGAAAUUCUUGGAUUUUGAGUGCCACAUUUUUUUGAUACAGUUCAAAAGAGAGGUCCAUUGUGGGGUAGUAGAGAUAUUAUUCUGGCCAUUGCUGUCUGUUAGAUAAAUUAAGCAUGUGAAGGUGCUCAUCUUAAUUUGUACAGGAUAUGUAUAGAUGCAUACCUUACUAUGUGAAGGUAAUUUUUUUUUUUUUAACUUUCUUUUAUUAAGUUUAAUUUUGGGGUUUUGAGAGUUACAUUUGUAAAUCUUGAGGGGAGUUUGUAUCGUUUUGCUAUAUUUUUUU